AUGGCGAGGUACAAGUUCACCGUCAGCAAGACCCGAGAAGGUGAAACCAGCAGCAUCAUCUCCGAGUUCUUCCUGUCAGACCAGAAGGGUGAGGAGCUGAACUUGAAGGACGCCAGCGUUGUAGCGGCCUUCACGGUAGCCCAGGCCACAGUGGACGACCCUGUGAACCUCAUCGACAAUGAUGCCUCCACUAGCUCCUCGCUGGCUUUCAAUCAGCCGGUGGUGGUUCGGGUCAACCCUGGCCACUCUGUGGGCGGCUUUGGAUUCAAGACCACCGCAGAUGAGGCCAAGAUUGGCAAUGAUCCUACGUCCUUCAAGCUGGAAGGCUCUAUGGAUGGCAGCACUUGGUAUUUGCUGAACGUGAAGACUGACUACGACACUCCGAAGAAGCGCGGAGCAUUGGUUGGACCCUUCGUGGUGUCUCAGCUCACUGCGAUGGCCCUGGGCAACCACACGCUGCCUGCCGAAGCCAUGCCGGACAAGGACAGCAAGCCCUUUGAGCCCGCAGCUCGGGUGACCCCGGCACCAGCGCCGGCACCAGAGCCGGUACCCGUGCCUGUGCCGGCCGUGGACGUGGCAUCCGUGGAGAGCACGCCAGAGGCCACGCCGUUUACAGCACCGGUGAUGCCCGCGCCACCCAUGGAUGUCGCUAUGGAUGUGGCCCCUGUGGCGCCGCCUCUGGCGCCCGUGGCGCCCGUGGCGGCCGUGGCGGGCUCGGCGGUGACCCAGGCGGUGGUGGCGGCCUCGGCGGCCACGGGCCUGGACAAGGCUGACCAGGCGGCCACUGCGGCGGCGGUGGCCGCGGCGGCGGAGGCGGGCCGCGAGGAGGCGGAGGCGGACCACGCGACCUUGCACAACCAGGUGGUGGCAGCAGCCAGCUCCGCCGGCUUGACGCCAGAGCAGGUGAAGAAAAUCGAGAGCACGCUGGCGUCCAUCGAGCCCAGCCAUUGGAACGCCGUGCUGAAGGCCUGGGGCGCGAUGGCCUCGUCCAAGGUGACCCCUCCACAUGUGGCGACAGCGGAGGAGAAGGUGGCUGCGGUGGUGGACGCCACCGCGGGCGCGGGCUUCACCGUGGCGCAGCUCGCCCACGCGGCGGCGGAGAGCGCGCUGCCCGCGGCGCUCAAGGAUGCCCAGGUAACGACAACAGGGAACAUCGGCGUGGUGGGCCGGGCCCUGCAAGGCACCGAGAUGGAGCCAGAGGGCAAGGCGGCGAUUGCUGAUGCUGCCGCGAAGGAGAGCCCAGACAACCAGGAAGCCAUUGCUGACGUCCUGAUCGCCGCCGGGGUGAUGCCUACAACUACCACGCCAGAACCAGCUGAAGUGGACUUGGCCAACGCGGAUGCCCGCGUCAUCGUGGACGCGGUGUCUGCCAAGUUGGAGGACGCGCCGAUCAGCCCGCAGGAGAAGGUGAAUCUUGCCAAAUCAGCUGCCGAAGAAUACUUGAAGGUGGUGGCCACGACAACCUCCUUUGAUGGGGUGGGCAUGGUGGUGAAGGCUUCGGAGGAUGCGGGUUUGAAGCCGGAGCAGGUCAGCAAGAUCGCAACGGAAGCCGAAACGUUGACAGCUGCCGAGCAAGUUGCAGUGGCCACGGCCAUGAGGGCGGCCUCGGAGGGUGUAGAAGUGCUGCACAUGACCGGGGUGGAGCCUGCGCAGAAGGUGUCGGCGGUGGUGCAGGCAGAGGCGGUGGCCGGCGUUUCGGACAGCGAGCAGGCCAGCUCGGCCUCCAUCGCAGUCGCAGCUGCGGCGGAGGCGGCACGGAAGGCGCACACCGCGGAGGUGGAGUCGGAGGUGCUGAAACGGGUGGUCAGCGCAGCGCAGAAGGCGGAGCUCAGCGAUGCGCAGGCCGAGGCGGUGCUGGAGGUGGUGGCAGCCAUGCCCAGCGACGCCCAGGAAGCAAUUGCCACGCACCUUUCGGCGCUGACCAGCCCCAUGCAAGUGGCAGCCGCUGUCCCUGUUGCUGCGCCAGUGGCGCCGGUCGCAGCGGAGCCAAUGCCCCCGAUGGGGGCACCAGUGCCCCCACUGGGGGCAGAGCCGAUGGCUGGAAUGCCUUCAGACGGCUCAAUGCCUCUCGAUAUGCCAAUGCCCCCGAUGCCGAUGGGGUCACCAGUGCCCCCUCUGGGGGCAGAGCCGAUGGCUGGAAUGCCUUCAGACGGCUCCAUGCCUCUCGAUAUGCCGCUGCCCUCGUCCGAAUCAAUGCCAGCAGACGGCCCGAUGCCCAUCUACAGCCCGCACCCCACUGACUACACCACACAUCCCACAGCCGUGCUGCCUUCAGACAGCUCAAUGCCCCUCGACAUGCCGCUGCCCACGAGCGAAUCAAUGCCAGCAGACGGCCCGCUGCCCGGGCACAGUCUUCCAACGGCCUCAGCGUCACAGUUUAUGUUUGGGGUCGUUCCUGGUGCGAACUCGAGAGCGGAGUACCAGGCUCAGACAGGCAUGCAGGCCAAGGGCUUCGUCUUCGGGGUGAGCCUCAAUGUGCAAGGACUGGUGAAGUUCAUCAACGCCAAGACUGGCGCCGGCAUCGCCGACCCGCGGUACUUGAGCCUUGCCUACGGGCGAUUCAGCUUCGACUGGCCGACGCAAAGCUGCUCGGAGGAAGAGAGUGGCUUCACGGACUUCCAGUCCAUCACCUUCUACAACGCCACCUUCGCCAACCCUGGGGACAGCUGCGGCACGCUGCUGGCCACCAGCAUGGACCUGGACGGCGUGGUGAGGUUUCCCAAAGAAGGAGACAACGACCUGUUCUUGGUCUCUGGGAUGUUUGGCACGAAGCACCUAGCCUCCGGCGGUGACUCGGUGUCUCUCUCCAUUGUCGACUUGGUGGUAUUCCACUACACGGAAGCUGGCAAGGUGGAGUACAGCGUUUGCGGCGAUCCCACGGUCUCCUCCUAUGUUGGCUGCCCUGAGUUGAGCCCACUGAAGAUCAAGUACCCGAAGAAGAACCUGGGGCAAGGAGUGAAGCUUUGCUCAGGCCAGGCGCACUUUCAUGAGUACAAGCUGGAGCACUGCUUCGAUGUGUGA